GUGUGAGAAAAAGCAUGGAGGCCAAUGUGGCUGGAUCCCAGAGUACACAGGGGGAACAAGGUAUAAGGAGAUUUGGAAAGCAGGAAAGAGCCAGGUUAUUAAGAGCUUUAAGGAAGAUUUCAUACUUGAUCUUGUAGGUCAUAGGGAGCUACUGGAGUUUAAUGAAUGAAAAGGUGACAUGGUUGGACAUGGCUUUUGGAAGAUCAAUCAGAUAGCUGAGUGGAGGAUGAACUGGAGUGGGGAGAGACUUGAAGAAGCAGCCUAUUGUAAUUGUCCAACUACGAGAUGAUGAGGACCUGGACUAGGGUGGUGGCAGACCCAGAAAAGAGAAGAUUUUUAUGAGAGAUGUUACUAGAUGUUACUAGUUACUAGAUGACAGAACUAGGCAACAGAUUGAAUGUGGAGUGGAGAGAGAAAGAGACAGAGAAAAAGAAAGAAGAAUUAGAGAAUGACACCUAUGUUGCAAUCAUGGGUGACUAGGAAGAUAGUGGUAUCCUUGACUGUUAAAUGAAAAUUAAGGAAAGGGGAGGGUUUGUUGGUAAAAAAAAAAUUAGUUCAGUUUUAGACACAUUGAGUUUAAGAUGUCUAAAGGAUAUCCUGUUUGAGAUGUCAAAUAGGCAGCUGGAAAUGGGAGACUGCAAGUCAGCCAGCAGGUUAGGGCUGGACAAGUACACUUGAGAAUCAUCGGCAUAGAGACAAUUGUUGAAUCAAAAAAGCUGAUGAGAUAACCAAGUACAUGAGUAUAGAGAAAGAAGAGAAAAGUGCCCAGGACUGAGUCUUCCCUGUCUCCUCCUUCCCAACCCCUCCUCAUGGUUAAUGGUCAUGAGUUGGAUGAAAGAUUCAACAAAGGAAAUGGAGAAGCAGGACAUAUAGGAGAAGAACCAGGAGAGAAAAGCAUGACAUCUAUUUUAGCUGACUCCAGCAAAUCCAUGAGGACUGACAGGAAUACUUAUGUUGGAAAUAGGUUUGUCCAUGUUAAAAACCCUCACCUGGAUUCUAUGGAUGAAGACAUUCUUUACCACUUGGAUUUAGGAACAAAGACACAUAAUCUUCCAGCCAUGUUUGGUGAUGUAAAGUUUGUCUGUGUUGGAGGGAGUCCCAACAGAAUGAAGGCUUUUGCGCUGUUUAUCCGCAAAGAACUUGGACUUGAGGGAAGUGAGGAAGACAUACAAGACAUUUGUGCUGGGACAGACAGAUACUGUAUGUACAAAGCAGGCCCUGUGCUCUCUGUCAGUCAUGGCAUGGGCAUUCCUUCCAUUUCAAUUAUGCUGCAUGGGCUCAUCAAACUCCUUUACUAUGCGAAGUGUUAUGAUGUGACAAUCAUCCGCAUUGGCACGUCAGGGGGCAUAGGGAUUGAGCCUGGGUCUGUCGUUAUAACAGACACAGCUGUAGACUCCUUCUUUAAGCCCCAGUUUGAGCAGAUAAUCCUGGACACUGUGGUUACUCAGAGUACAGAGCUGGACAAGGAAUUGGCAGAAGAAUUACUCAAUUGUAGCAAAGAAAUUCCAGACUUCCCAACACUCAUUGGGCAUACAAUGUGUACUUAUGAUUUCUAUGAAGGACAAGGACGUCUGGAUGGAGCAUUGUGUUCUUUCUCCAAUGAAAAAAAGCUCGAUUACUUACAAAGAGCUUACAAAACUGGCAACAGGAAUAUUGAAAUGGAGUCCUCUGUGUUUGCAGCCAUGUGUGGACUUUGUGGGCUAAAAGCUGCUGUUGUCUGUGUAACCCUUCUCAACAGACUGGAAUGUGACCAGAUCAAUUCACCCCAUGAAGUCUUACUAGAAUAUCAGCAACGCCCCCAGAAACUGAUCUCAAUCUUUAUCAAAAAGUGCCUUAGACGAUAUAACCCAAAGUAAUUUGCAGGCAGCCACACGGUCCCUCUGUACUUGCAAUUACAUGCAAAUUCCAUUUUUGAAGCAAGCUUAUAUAUGGCAGCCCCAAUGAAACCAAUGACAUGUUCAAUUCUGAGUUUUGGUCAUGGUACAAAACCCAAAUCAAGCUCACACUGAAAUACACCAGCCAUUUUGUAGAUAUGAUUACCAGUCAAUCUAUUUCUGAAACCCAUCCAGACCUUCAUGUUAGAACAUUGUCAGACCAUCUUAAGAUUUGGACAAGUUUCAGUAGUUGAGCACACACAUUCAAAACAUUUACCUCCGAAAUGUCAGUUUAAUAUGAAUCUACAUGGAAAAAUCAUCCUAGGGAAAUGGGUCACACUUCACUUUGUUUCCAUCUGCAGGGUUUCAGCAAAUUAGAGAGUGGGAAUUCAAAACCUCGGUAGUUAUUUUUUUAUAUUAAUGAUUUUAUUUCAAAACAAAGGUAGUCUGGGUUUCAUAUUUAUUUCUGAGAGAAAAGACUUUGUAAUCAGGUGUAGUGAGGUGGGGAAAUAUUUAACUAUAUUUAUAAAGCUAAACUAUCUCUUAACAUUGGUAGUUUGUAGGAUUUGUGUUUUUAUUUCAUAGAAAAAUGACCAGCUUGACAAAGGAAUUUUUGGAAUUGGUGUUAAAGUUGAACCUUUCAUAGAAUAUUACAGCAGAUUUUUCUCAGCACCUACAUGGUACCUCAAUGGUCAGCUUGGCCCUCCAGGAAGCAAUAUACCUCUUUUAGGCUGUUCAGUACCCUGGAAUAAUUGUCUAAGCCCUUGGCUCUUUUCCAAGGCUGACAAAUGCAAAAAGGGCACAAGGUGAUUGGGGGGAGGGAGUAGGGUACGGUAGCUGGAUUAUACAACAUGGUAGUGUGGAAUGUUUAUUAUAUAAAUGAUUUGUACAUAUAUUCACAUAUUUUAUAUCAAAUAAAGCUUUAAUUAUGGUCUCA